CACUUCCACUCACAGCACAAAACACACACAGACAACUAGGUAGGCACAGCGAAGCGCGGAGCUGCGAGGGAUGGAGAGGAAGGUUCCCACGUGAAAGGCAUGAAUCCACGGGAGAAGAGGAGCAGGGCGAGAUAGAAGGAGGACGCAACUGGAGAAGGAGAAAGCAGAGUUGAGGAGGAGGAGGAGGAGGAGAGGAGCAGAUGGACUCAGAGGAGGGAACGACGUGAAGCUCGCCGAGCAGCGGUGACAGAGAGGAACUCACUCGCUUCUUCAGCUAAGAGAGAAUGAGAAACCUACAAAGGGAAAUGAAAUGAGCAGCAGUCAAAUGAAGAUGUUAAAAAAAACAGGCCCAUUUGGGAAACCACUCAAGACCAACCCAUACUUUGGUUAUUCAAUCUUCUGUGCAAUUAGGGGACAAAGAAGGUGGAGGAGAGAAUGUCAUGUAGACAAGCCAAAAGAUGGACAUUUUUGUGUUUAGCUUCGCCGGCCUCAUCAAGACUUCAUCAGCAUGGAAACGUAACAAGAAAUGGGAAUAAGAGGGAAGAGUUCACAAAUUCAGAGGACAAGAAAAAGUAUGAACAUUUACAAUUUUAGGGUAAAUGAUGAUUGAUUUGUUUAAUUUAUUUUAUGAUUUUAAUCUUUAUAUUUUCUGUACAACUAAAAGUAGGGAUCCAUGUUUCUAUAGAGGUAAGAAUUAGUCAAAGGGAUCACCUUCAUUGUUUAUACGUCCUGACCUGCACCUGUAGAUGUGGCAAUUUUCUUCAGGACAAUCUUAGCUGAACAAUUAAACCAAGCAGCCAUGAACAAUACUACAAAGGGACUAGUAUAACCUAAGUACUUAACACAAGUUAUGUGAUGAAACUGGAAACUGUCAGUCAACUGUAUAAAUCUGCAACACUUUCAUUACAAUGAACAUAUAGUAAUGAAGGACCACUUUCUUUGUUGACAAAUGAGCAAAACAAGGCUUUUCCUACUGCAAACUGCCUCCAGAGCCUGUGGAUGUUGGGGGACAGAAAGAGACUAGAAAAAUGGUCAGUAAAGAGCCCAAUCACUUGCUCACAGGACAGAGCAAUGGGAAGAGCACCUUAGCGGAAAAGCUUCCAGGAACAAUGACUGUACGCUCUGUGCUCCUCAAUCGAGACUCUCCAGAUAUCGAGAGCCGCCUUAAGAGACGCCGCAACCGUACACAUCAGGUUCGCUUCAAAGACCUGGAGGAUGGCAGCAGUAGCAGUGGCAACAGUGCAAUAGGAGAAAAUAAUGGCCACCAAAAACCUGCCACAAACUACAACAGCCCACAUCCUCUUCGCAAACACAGCAGCAUGUCUCACAACCCGUGGACUAACAGACUACAGACUGAGAGCCUGCUUGGCCAGACGUCCGUGGUAGGGGCUGUACGUGAGGACAUGGCAAGUACAAUAGAAAAGGUGGCAGCUUUUUUGGCACGGGCCCCUCCUCAUCCUUUGACACCUGGUGCCACAAGACGAUGCUGGGCACCACCACAGGCCAAUUUUCUGACUUUGCCAUUGACACGAAGGCCCAGUACAAGCACCAGCACAGCCAUCCAGACAUCCCCAUGCCUCAAAAAACCCCAGUCUCUCUCAUCUACCCACAAAAGUAGCCACAGCAUUGGGGACUCAGUUGGUGUGGAUGGGGAUGAUGAACAUGACUCUCAAGAUGAGUGCACUACGCACAACCAUGUGUUGCUGCCUGGAUGUAAAGGUCAGUCCAGAGCUCUUGGCCUUGGUGAUAAAACUGUGGUAGAACGAAGAUCUAAAGUAUCAAGGACAGAUAAUAAGUCAGCUGUUACCGCAAAAUCUUCUAGACACAGCUGCCCACCUUCAGUUCUUCCCAGCACUGAGCCGUGUCACUGUUCCUCUGUAUCCUGUCGCGACGGCACCAAGCGCCAGGGCAGCAGCACUCCCUCAGUGGUAAGAAGGAGAAAACGCCUCAACAGAACAGCAAGUGAUCCUGGAAAGGAAGUUCAUUACUGCACUACCCCAACACAAACUGAAAGCCCCAGUCGAUCCCCUCCACCUUCAAAUACAAAUCUCUGUACCACCCAAGUUCAAACCGAGAGCCCCUUUCCACCUCCGAGUUCAAAAUACUGCACCGCCCAAAGUCAAACAGAAACUCAACGUCAGUCACCAUCUCCGAGUGACGAACACUGCACAACUCCAAUUCAAACCACCAGUUCUGGGCCCACCCUACCUCUAAAUGUUGAGCAGUGCACCACUCAAAUACAAACAGACUCUCCCUGUCACACUUCCCCAAAUCAUAAACCUUGCACUACACAGAUGCAGACUUGUAGCUCCGUUGCUUCCCCACUGCUGACUGAAUCAUCCAGCUCAGCUCAAAUUCCGUCUGACAACCCUGUAUCUCCACCUGCAAUUCCAAAUACUCCCACCACCAAAAUUACUACUGUGCCUUACUGUACUUCUCCUCCGCCUACAACAGCACCAGUACAAAACCUUGAAGACUGCACAAAGCCACCUUGCUCAUCUCCUUCCAAGCCAGUUUGUGCCACCCCUCCUCCACCUAGUGCCCUCUCAGUUCCAUCCUCCACCUACACACCUACUGCUACCCAAAACUCUAUCCCCUAUUAUACUGUUGUGUCACCACUAACAAUCCCCAGCCCAGCUGUUACCUGCUCUAGUCUUUCCUCAGUUGCACCUCAAUGCUCCCCACAAACCUGCACCUCCCCUAUACCAAAUAUAGUAUCCUCCUCUUCCUUAACCUGUUCCACUCUUACCCCAACUGUCAGCCAUUUUUUAACACCCUGCGACCCAACCAAACUUUCAACCAAUGUCCCAAAUGUAACACAACAGCAACAGACAAAUAACGCACCUCUCACAAAUCUAAUUCCGUGUACGUUUGUGACUCAGACUGCCCUGUCUUGCACCUCCAUAUCAUAUUACACAACCACACAUCCAGUAGGUCCCCACAAACCCCACCCGAAUCCAACUGCCCCUUCUUAUGCCACACUCAUACAAACUGUAUCUCAUUGCAACAUCCCAUGUCAAGCACUGCAACAUGCCUCCUCAGUCAGUACGGGCAUAACCCCUUACUCAUCUUCCCCCGUGCCAAAUCUCAACUCUUGCACUUCUCCACCUCCAGUUGUGAAAGCCUAUGUGUCCACUCUCCAAAAUGCCCAGUCUUGUGCAACUCCAACUAAAGUGGUUCCUUUGUACUCCUCCACAUUUCGUGCCGCGCCACCAUACACGCCCCCUUCUCAGGCUCCCCAUAGUGCUCAGGAUAAGAGGGGCAUUCGACUUCCACCCCCUCCUCCUCCACCCCCACCCUACACACCACGGAAAACCGAGCCGCCAGGACCUGCAGCUCGAACCCCGAUGCUCAGGGCAGAGAGCAAGGCCAGUGAAAAGGAGAUAGACAAGGAGAAAAAGGAGGAUGUUAAAUGCACGGACUCGCCCAAGCUCUGUGAAAAAGCCAGCUCUCUGAAGCACAGAGCUCAAACGCCGCCAGUUGCUGUGAUGAAGGGAGAGAGCCACCCUUCUGCUUCCUCUCCUGCCAAGGCCUGUUUUAAACCCAGCUGUCUUAGUUCGGCCCAGGCUCAGCUUGGGGUGCUACACAAAAUGCUCUGCUCAGGAGCCAAUUCCAGGCCCAACAUGCCCAACAGCCAACACAUGCUCCCUCCAAACCAGCAGGGUUGCUCUGGAGCCAGGGGCUGCUCUGUCUCCGGGGAGCAGCCUACAGCUCGGCCCCUGACUCCCACCCAAGCUGACACUAUAAGACAGGUCCAGGAAAUUCUGGGAGGGUUGAUGUCAGGGGCCAGGUGUAAACUGGACCCAUCACGAGUGACAGAGAAGCUCCUGAGUCCUAAUGGUCCUCUGCAUGACAUACGUAGCCUGCAGAACCAGCUCCAAAGUCUGGAGGGGGUCCUGGAGACGAGUCAGAACACCAUAAAGGUCCUGCUGGAUGUCAUUCAAGACCUUGAAAAAAAGGAAGCGGAGAGAGAUGGAAGACAUUCAUACAGGACUGGACAGGACAUUGAGAACUGUGGGACCUGCAGGGAUUGUGCUUGCAUCAUCUACAGCGUUGAGCAUGACUUUCGUCUACAAGAAGGUCAGGUGGUGCGCACAUGGAAGGUGGGCGACCCUCCCGAGGGCUCGCCGCAGACCCCCACCCCCCAGGCUGCAACGCCGCACCAACAAGACUCACCACAACUAGUGCGGACCCCUGCUGCCACCGCUGCCGCAGCCGCAGCCAAGAAGAACCGGAAGAAAUGCUUCUGGUUCCUCUGAGCGCCGGGGGUGAUGGAGAAAGAGACAUGAUACUGUAAUGCACCUCACCUCACAUGCUCAUUUAAAAAGAUGGCAACGCUUGACUUUUGGGACUUUGGUUGGAAGAAAAAAAUGAUUAAAAUGCAAAUACUAAACUGUAGGAGGAGGAUAAGUGACAAAGCUUAUGUUUAAUUUUAUUUUUUUUCUACCUGCUUCUGCUGGAAUUGAUGAGAAAGGUUUUAACAAGGCUGCACAUGUUGUUCCUGUUGUUUUUAAAUGCCUCUUCAGCGCUUACAGAUUUGAUACAGGUGCAGAGGAGUAAAAAGUGCUGAAGUCAAGUAAAAGCAAAAAAGUUUAGUCGAUGUUGUAACUAGCAGUUACAGAGCAAUUAGGAUAUAUAUANUAUAUAUAUACUGUCAAGGGACACAGAAUGAGAGGGAAGGCAGCAAAUAUGAUAGAGCAUAUUUUUAAAGGUUAAACUCAAAGAAUAUAUGAAUAGAGAGAAAAGAGAAACAGAAAUUUAUUGAUCCCCAUUAAUGGACUAAUGAGGGUCAGAACACCAUCUUUUAUUUCUUAAGACAAUUAAAAUAAAAAGAACUAUAAUGACCCAAUUAAAACAUUUUAUUAUACUGUAUUUGAUGAAACCACUAUGUGUGUCUACAGAUACAUACUGCACACACACACACUUGCACACACACACACACACACACGCACACAUGAACAAAUAAACCAACAUAUUUACACAAAGAGCAUUGUGUUAAAAGAAAGCAAAAAACGGUGAACUGAGUUCUGUACAUUUCAGAGCUGUUCUGCUUGGAUGCUUUAUUUCAGAUAUGGAUUAUUGCUCUAUAAAAAAGUAUUUUACCACA